GUGAUGGCAGUGGAAGUUGAUGGCGAAGGUCAGGCGGUUGAGCGAGCUCGAAUAAGUCCGCUGGCCAACAGUCAUUUAUUUGGUGAUUUGCAACCAGAUACCCAGUACAACAUGGGUGUGGUAGCAUUCGUGGAUCAUGAGCCCAAACUCGUCUAUAAACUUCUUGCCAAGACAGCACGAGCCCCAGGAAUGGCUUGGGAUGAAAAGCCAACCAUAGCUCCCGAGAAUGCGCAGCAAUUCUCGGUGCACUGGAAGAAACCGACAUUGCCUGUUGGUGCGAGCAUUUCUAAAUUCGUCAUCGAAUAUCGACUACCCAACGAAACCGAGUUGAUCACGAUUGGUUCCGCAGCAUCGGAUUCUUGUGCUGGUGACGCUGGUGUACCACAUAACGUACGCGCAAGUUUCGUCUCCGAAGCGACCAUCCAGUUCACAUGGGAGAAACCGCAGUGCGAUGAAUCCUACGGGCCAAUUGAUGGCUAUGAAUAUACGUUCUGGAACGUCGAAACUGAUACGCAACCGCAAACAGCGUCUUAUAUUGGUCGGAAUACGGUAGCGCUGAAUGAUCUAGAACCCGGUUCGCGGUACGCAUUUCGAGUUCGUUCCCGCGCAGGUCAUGGGCACAGUUCCUGGAGUGAUAUUGUUCAUGCAGAAACAGAAGCACAUUCCGGUUCGCUCGGUAAGUUAUAUAGAAAAAUAAGCAACUGUCAUUUUCAUUUUCUAACUAUGGUAUUCUCAUGAAA